UCACGCUGAACAUGCCUCUCGAUUACGACAAUAGACCAGUGUUGUAUGUACUAGGCCACGCUCUACAGGCUUGCCUGACGGAGUCAUACAACUAUGGCCAUCUGGGUCUUCCUGUUGCUAAAUGCUAUACGGACUGUGUUAGUCUAUCACGGACAUUCGAAGCUAAGAUCCUGGUCCUGUCAAAGUGUCAGCUACCCUUCAGGUAGCCAGUUGUACAAACUUAAAGGCCCUCUCUCGGAGUCUCAGUCAGCUGGUGAUGAGUCGCGGUCCAUGUUACCUUUCAAACUCAAGAUCGGUUUCAGAGUGGGUGCCGACGUGCUGGGCGAAGAAUUUGUCAAUAGUCAGAUAUAUAGGCGAGGUCAGGGUAAAGUUUCCGAAGUGACUCAGACUUCUAUGUAGUGUGCUGGUAAUAUUGUAUCGUAGGUUUAAAUGAGCGACUGUACGAGACUGAGACUGACCUAAUGCUAUAAUAUGCAAAGAGGAAGCCAUUCUCGCAUCGACAGGAACCAUCUAACACGCAAAGGGCUUGCCAACCGUACCGCUGGCGUACGCAUCAGCGAUCAACUAGA